GGCUGCGGAGCGCCGUCCAUCAAUUUUACUUUGACGCGUGGCUCCGCCCCCGCGCCAUCCCAUUGGCUACUGUAAGCGUUCGUGCUCCGCGAUUGGUCGCUCGGGCUGGUUGUCAAGGCUUUGGGGCUUCAUUCACCAUUUUGCGACUGUAGUGUAGAAUGUACAGGGCAGUAGUUUUUCCUCCUUUUAAGUUGCUUUGCCGGAGAAAUAUGAACGGCCGCUAAUUGGCAGCUGCGGACGACCGGCCACCCUGCCCUAUUUUACCCGGCGGACUCAACAGAAAAUCACCCAGGGGUACUAUAUUAGCUCUGAGUCUCUGGAAUAAGGUGGGCAAGUGCCGAAGUCGCGCAACGAAGACAAGACAGGAUGAGAGAGAGAGGCCCUGGCAGAGGAGGAAAAUAGAGAGAAUAGAAAGGAGGAGGAAAGAAGAAAAAACACGAGGCAGAGCAAGAGAGGAACGCCAAAGAGAAUCUCUGGGAUAAAUAAAUAAAAAGCCUUGUUUGGAGAACAGGCGAGCUAGAUGAAAAGAUGAAGCCGAUAAAAAAGCAGGGCCGGCGCUCUCCUCCCUCCACCCGGGCCAAAGGGGGGAAGCGUCGCGGAGCUGGGGAUGCCCCAGAAGGAGGGGAGAAGAGAGACUCAGACGAGAACAGAGACAGAAGCAGAUCCCCACAGAACCGAACUCCCUCGUCUUCAUAUUCUUCUAAUUCACAUUCAGAGUCCUCCCAGACAGAUCCAAUCAGAGUGCGGGACUCUUCAGAGGGGGAGGGGCUUCACAGAGAAGGCCUGUCAGAAACGACGGUAUCACUGGUGAUGGAUCCUGGAAGGUCAGCUGUGAGCGGCAGCAGCCACAGUGACAGCGGUGGCAGCAGCUGUAGUAACAGUAGUACACCAAGCGCCAACAACAGCCCGAACCCCGCCUCCAGCCGAAAAACAGCCACCUUCAAGGCCCGUGUUCCCAAGAAGAAGUACACCUCUGAACACUGCAUGUCUGCUACUGGUAACCAUAGCAACCCUUCAUCCAGCACGCCCCCUCCUUUGCCUCUUAGUGGCGGAGUCAUCAACCACGGGUCAACGGGUUCAGGAAGCGACAUCUGUGUCUCACACCCUGAUGGCAACAGUCAGAGCAGGAGCCUGAUGGACGACUUCCACAGCAGGACCACUGGCAGGGAGGGGCCUCAGGGCGGCUCUCCAGGACCCCCGAUCCUGUCUCUGGGAGGGGACAGGGAACGGCCUGGAGGUGUUGAAGGGGUGAGGGAUGUGGAGCGAGUGUCGCCCAGUCCCUUGCCUCGCUGCUCCUCAACAGACACGGCCAGCGAACACUCAGCUGACCUGGAGGUAGUAGGCGACUCACACCCCCACACACAGAUGUCCACACACGCUCCACCUAGUCUCCCUGAUGCACUGUCGGACGCCCUCGCCAAAGGGCUGAAGAAUCAGCGUGUCCUCGCUCGCCAGCUCAGGAGAAGAAGUGAUGAGGAGGGAGGUAGCGAAAGGAGGGAUGAAGGGGGGGACAUGGUGUUCCGGGCUGGAGUGGUUCGCAAGGUCAGCGGUGAAUAUGGAAGCCUGGAGGUGCAACUGAAUGGCGAAAAGACUCUGUGGCGUUACCCGUAUAGACAUGACAGCCCCCCAGGGGUGGUUGACAUUAUCCUAGAUGCCUCACCACCUGGUGUCCAUCCAAUAGCUAUUGGCACCCGUGUCUGCGUACCAUUUGGCAAUGAGGAGGGCAGUGAGGGCCAGUGGCAGUGGUACCGAGAAGGUGUGGUGACCCAGGUGGACACACACCCUGCAGUGGCCAACCGCUACCGUGUCCUGCUGUCUGAGGAAAGACCUGACUCUGUGGAUGAUGAAGAGGACGGCAGAGGGACAGCUUGUGGUACCCAGGCAGUGUGGGUCUCUAGACAAACACUCCGGCUUCUGGUGCCACCUUGGGACCUGGAUCUGCCGUCUGGAGGAGGACGAGAUGGAGAAGAGGAGGCCAGAGACAAGGAAAGAGAGCGGGAGGAUAGGGAGGAGAUAGAUGUGGAACAGGAGGUGUGUCGUUUGAGCCGGGGGAUGACACCCGGCGUGGCGUCAGUGUUGGGUAGAGGAAUCCCAUACCCAGGCAUGGUCCCCGUUUCAUCCGCAGCAAGCCACAACAUCACCUCCCCAGUAACCCCAGCGUCUGUCCUCAGCCUGGCUCCAGGCAGAGAGUGGGAAAUGGAGAAAGACUUGGAGAGGGAGAGGGACCUCCAGAGAAACCAGGAAAGAGAGAGGGAAAGAGAGCGAGAAAGGGAGAACAGUGCAAAGCAGCAGCUCCAACAACAGCAGCAACACCACCCGUACAUGCCACUCACCCCUGAAGAAGACAUGGAGGUGUCCCACUUUAACAUGCUCCCAAUGGGGGCGAUCAUACCUGGGGCCAAACCAAUGGCAGUUCCCCAACACCGCCACAUUGUCUCUAAACCCCCGCCUGGCUACCUCAAUCCCCACCUGUCUGUGGUGCGGGGCAUCGGGAUUCCCCCUGCACACCUGGCCUUGAACCCCCACCCUCCUCCUUCACCUGUCCUAUUAGGCCUUGACCCAGCAACCGCAGCAGCUGCAGCAGCUGGUGCUGUCAUCACCACCCCUCAGCUGCCUCCUCUCCCUCCCAUGUCCUCUUCCACUGCAUCCUCCUCCAGAGUAGAGAAGGCCUCAGGAGGCGGUUCUUCCAGUGGAGGAGCAGGUGGUGGCGGUGGAUCUGGAUCAGGUUCAACCUCCUCCUCCUCCUCACGUUCCCGCACCCCGCUGACAGCUGCCCAGCAGAAGUACAAGAAGGGAGAUGUGGUGUGCACGCCAACAGGCAUCCGUAAGAAGUUCAACGGGAAGCAGUGGAGGAGGUUGUGCUCCAGGGAGGGCUGCUCUAAAGAGUCCCAGAGGCGAGGAUACUGCUCCAGACACCUCUCCAUGAGGACCAAGGAGAUGGAGGCCAGUGGAGGCAGCCGGGAGCGGGGUGGAGCCAGCAGCACCGGGACCCUGACGCCAUCUGACCUCCGACUGAGCGGUGGCAGAGCUAGCUCAGAGUUUGACUGGGAUGAGACGUCACGUGAAAGCAGCGAGGCCAGCAGCCGUGGAGGAGACUCCCGCCCCCGCCUGGUCCUUCCCUCUCUGCUCCCCCAGGACCUCUCUCGUUUCGACUUCGAUGAGUGUGAGGCAGCGACCAUGUUGGUGUCCCUUGGGGGCUCCCGCUCAGGCACGCCCUCAUACUCUCCUAUCUCCAACCAGUCGCCCUUCUCCCCGACCCCAUCGCCCUCACCCUCUCCGCUCUUCGGCUUCCGACCUGCCAAUUUCAGCCCCAUCACUGCUCCUGCCUCCCUUACUCCACGGCGACAUCGCCAGCUGAGCGGCACUAAGAUGGGUACACCAGGUGUUGAGCGAGAGCGCCAUCUGUCUGGUAUCGUGCCCACUUUCCAGACCAACCUCACUUUCACGGUCCCCAUGAGCCCCAGCAAGAGGAAGCUGGACACCCACCCACCCCCUCCGCUGCCCACAACCCAGGACUACCAGACCAAACCUGAGCAGCAGCAGCUGGUGAACAUGGGGGGUGGAAUGGUUGGAGACCCGACCCUGGGCCACAACCCUGCCGCCUUCCGAGUCCUCUCCCCCCAGAGUCAGCCCACAACCCCGUCCUCCCUCUCCUUCCCUCGGCCUCGUAGCGCCACCAGCAGGCCGCCAUCCUCCGCUGCCUCCACGCCUCCACCCAUGCUGGUCUCUCCCACUCCUCCCUCCCCGCUGCCCCAGGAACCGUCCCCACGCCGCAUUGUGCCCCUCAGAGAUUCUCCGGUUAUUGUCCGCAACCCAGAUGUCCCCCUGGCCAAGUUCUCUGACGGCCCGUUAGGGAGGAGAGAGCGGAGCAGGUCCAGAGAGCACAGCCAGCCCCAACACACAGCUCCACCGGGCCUGCAGGUCCCCGUCCCCAUCAAUGGGGCCACCACUAACGGAGCAGUUCUCCUGCGCAACCCCACAUCCACUCUCGUCCUGGUCACCUCCAGCUCGUCCCUGACUCCAGCCGCAGUGGGCCACACUGCCCUGUCCAGCCCCUCCACGAUGCCCACUUCAUCAGGCUCCAUCCUGUCCUCCUCUGGUUCUGGAGGCAGGGAGCGGGAGAGGAAACCUGAGGGACACCAGGAUGCCUCUGGAGGGGGGCUGCCACAGCCGGUAGCCUGUCACCCCACGCCGACCGCCCUGCUGCCGCUCAUACUGCCAGCUGAGUCGCCUCACCCGGCUCCACGCAAGCAAAUCAUCAUGGGACGGCCGGGGACUGUUUGGACCAACGUGGAGCCUCGGCAGGUGCCAGUGUUCCCUUGGCAUUCGCUCGUCCCUUUCCUGGAGCCUAGCCAAUCAGGAGCGGCUGCCCAGCCUGCUGAUGGCCAACAGCUUGUCAAUCAGAGCAAAGAGCCUCGUUGCGCGGUGGCCCUGGUGAGCGACGGGCGGACAGGCCCUCCGGAUCUAGAGAGGGGCUCGCCGUCAUGCCCUCCCCCGACCAAUGACAAUCCUCCUGCAGACAGGGGCGGGGCUGACAGCGAGACAGAGAGCGACACAGACGACCCGUUCUCCCCGGGUGUGGCCAACGAUCCGGCGCCCUCCGCUGGCCCCAUGAAGAGACGCACACAGUCCCUCAGCGCCCUGCCCAAGGACGGAGACAGGAAGAGGGAGAAGGACCACAUCCGCCGACCCAUGAAUGCAUUCAUGAUCUUCAGUAAACGCCACCGGGCCCUGGUGCACCAGCGACAUCCCAACCAGGACAACCGGACAGUCAGCAAAAUCCUGGGGGAGUGGUGGUACGCUCUGGGGCCCAACGAGAAGCAGCAGUACCACGAUCUGGCUUUCCAGGUGAAAGAGGCCCACUUCAGAGCCCACCCAGACUGGAAGUGGUGCAACAAGGACCGUAGGAAGUCGCUGUCAGAGGGCCGGGGGACACCAAAGGAGCCACGGGAGAGGAGCAUGUCAGAGAGCAUAGAUCCCCAUUUGGAGUCUCAGGUGCUGGAGGGGAAGGGAGGAGGCUCGGGCUGGCCAGGGGUAUCGGAGCGUCGAGGGGGGCUGUUUGCGGGGCAGCAGCCCCGUCCCCGAGCCUUUUCCCAGAGUGCCGUGCACACCCUGGAGCAGAGGGAGAGGGAGAGAGACCUGGAGAAGGAGGACGGGGCAGGUCUGUUUCGCCACCGGCCCCCGACUCAGUCAAUGUACCAGGGCGGGGCCAGUGAGGAUGUGACUAGCGACGAAGAGCGAAUGGUCAUAUGUGAGGAGGAGGGGGACGAUGAUGUCAUGGAGGAUUCCUGUCCUGAAGGCUCCAUCGACCUCAAGUGUAAAGAGAGAGUGACGGACAGCGAUGAGGACGAACCAGACGGACAGCAUGGCUUCCAGCCAGUGGCUCGCUCCUCUCUCCCUUCUUCCUCUCCCUCCAUCCCUCACUCCGACUCCAGCUCAGCUAAAGGGAACGGAGGAGGAGGAGGAGGUGGUGGUGAAGACAGUUCUGAGAGGAAGAGGAAAAGAGGUGGAGACGGAGGAGAGGAGGGGAGCGAGGGAAGACCCAGAGAAGAAACAGCAGCAGAAGGAGGAGGAGGUGGUCUCUCCUCUCUGUCCAUCGCAGGCUCUGCAUCCAGCACACACGCUCCCCUCGCUCUGGCCCAGCAGGGUUUGACCCAGGUCCUCGGCGCCGUCCGCAUGGCUCCCACCAUGGUGACCAAUGUGGUGCGACCCAUCGCCAGCACGCCCAUCCCCAUCGCCAGCAAGCCGGUGGAAGGAGCCGUCACCAUCAGCUCUCUGCCUCAGGACAAGAAAGCCACUCUCCUGAUUGGAGGAGGUGGACCUCAGCAGCUGCCAAUCACCGCAGGGGGUGGGUACCUGUCCUCAUCCUCCUCCCCCGGUCCAGUCAGUGUAACUCCUGUGGGGGGCAGCGGUGUGGUCACUAGCCUAGUUCUGGCAGGGUCCUUUCCUGCCGCCCAACCAGUGCAGCUCCUCACCCCACCGCAGCCGCACGCACAAACCCCUCUACCUGCCAUCCAGCCCCAGCUCCACCCCACUGCAGCCACCUCCUCUCCCACACCUCCCGCCGGCCCCAAGCCGCUAGCGCAGGUCCAGUACAUCCUACCUACCGAGAAUCCCUCCCAUCAGCAAAUUCUUUCCUUGUCCUCCAAUGCCGCCCUGGCCAAUGGCGUUCACUCAGGGGCGGGACUCAGAGUUGCAUCAGUCAGCCCCGGAACCAGAGUCCAAACCCAGUCUCCGGUCUUGCAGAGCAAGAUGUUGGUUCCCAUGGCAACAGUGCGAACAGGGUCUACUCCUCCUCAUCCUUCCAUUUCGCUGGUCGCUCCACCUCUUCCUGUGCAGAACGGCUCCGCGACAGGAAACAAGAUCAUCCAGAUCGCUCCCAUGCCUGUGGUCCAGACCAACGUUCACCCUUGCGGCGCCGCUGCAGUGCAUUCUGGGAGCCCCUUUCCUGUUUCUGUGGCAACAGUGAUGACUCCCGGUGCCGCGCCCCCACAGACCGUUCUCCUGACCUCUCCGCCCACCAGGAUCACAUAUGUCCAAUCCGGCCCAGGAGUAACCACGGCAACGUCCCAACAGGCCACACCCGCUCCAGGCCCCACUUAUCUCCCAUCAUCCCUGGCAACCCUGGGCUUCACCGCCAUUGCCCCGGGCGGGCAAACUCUGGUCCAGCCUAUUCUUGGUCAGCCGCCACUGUUGGCUCCGGCCCCGCCCCUGACCUGUCAAUCACAGACCCCACCAGGUCAGGCCUCGGGAGCCGCUGGCCGUCAGGUACUAACUGCCAUCUACCCUGCACCAACCGUUGCACUGCCUACUGGCGUAGUCUCCAUGACAGCCGUGCCACCCGCACUGGCCGCCCCGGCCCAGGACGUGAUGAACCCUUCCUCCCCUUUGGCAACAGGGGUGCAGGGUUCAGCUGCGGCGACCCCUCAGCCUCACAUGGCGCUGGAGGACGUGGAGCUGAAGGUGGAGGUGAAGAAGGAGAGCCUGUCGGACGGUCACAGUGAGGACGGAGGACAGGGACGGUCCAGCUCUGCUGUCAGCUCCUCAUCAGUCACUUUUAAUCUCUCAGCAGUUAAAAAAGAGGAGGACAUCGUUCUGCACAUCAAAGAGGAGAACCUCAGAGACGGACACUGCAGAGAAAAACCGGGCGACCUGGACAGAGAGCAGGAGAGAGCGAUGAAGGAGAACAGUGAAAAAAAGGGAGUCAGAGAGACGGACAGAGAGGACCACAGCAUGAGCGACAGCAGCAAAGAGGCUGGACCUCACACCCCUCCUCCACCACCCUCAGGUUUGGACCCCCCUCCCCCUCCUCCUGCGGAAAGAGAGCCCCCCUCUUCCUCAAAAAAGACCAAGUUCAGACCCCCACCGCUCAAGAAAACACCUGACUCUCACGAAAAGGUCUUGUCGGAGACGUACUUCGAGGAGCGUUUUGCUGAGCUUCCAGAGUUUAACCCCGAGGACGUCCUUCCUUCGCCCACUCUGCAGAGCCUGGCCACCUCACCGAGAGCCAUCCUGGGGAGCUACCGAAGGAAGAGACGCAACUCCACCGAGCUGGAGCCGACAGCAGAGGAGCCCAGCUCCCCGAGGAGGAAGACCCGCCGUCUCUCCAGCUGCAGCUCGGAGCCCAACACCCCCAAGAGCGCCGCCAAGUGUGAGGGAGAGAUCUUCACCUUCGACAGACCAGGUACAGAAGGAGAGGAUCUUCUUGGAGAUUUGGACCGGGUCCCAUACUCGUCGCUGCGUAGAACUCUGGAUCAGCGCCGGGCCUUGGUCAUGCAGCUGUUUCAGGAACACGGCUUCUUCCCCUCAGCUCAGGCCACUGCUGCCUUCCAGGCGCGCUACUCGGACACCUUCCCCACCAAGGUGUGUCUGCAGCUGAAGAUCCGUGAGGUGCGUCAGAAGAUCAUGCAGACGGCCACGCCCGGAACCUUCGAGUCUGCAGGUUUCGCUGAAGUCAACCCCGCCCCGUCCCACAGCUCCUCUUUCAAUCAAUCAGCCCGGGAGGACGGAGGGGCGGAGCUGCAAGGAGACAAAGGCCGGAGCCCCGAGGAGCCGAAAAGCGAAGGAUCAUAAGCUGGAGAGGAUGACAGAGUGGAAAUAUCAAGGAAAAGAAAAAGAGAGAGAGGAGUGUGUCAUCCCUGCAGAAUGUUCUAGUAUGUGUUGAACCAGUACGGGAUCCGUUCUACUGGCACUAAACUCCACCAGACCUGGGCACAAAUACAUUUGAAAAUGGUCAUAAAUAUUCAAACUACUCAAGGUGCGCUUGAUUCGUCUAAUCAUGCAGCAAGUCCUGAUGGGUCAAGUGCUUCUUGUAGUGUUCCCCCCUUUUUUUUUUCCUCCUCUGAGUAUCCAGAAUAUUUUCAGUUUGCCCAGGUCUGCUCUCAGCACAUUUGUACAGUAGUUUGUAGUUUGACACACAAACUCUGUGGCACACUCUCACAAUCUCUCUGGCACACACACACACACACACAC